AUGGCUUUUACUGCCCAACAACUGCCUGCCAACGACUUGAGCAAUGUUCAUGCUUACAAGGCGAGCUCUUCCCCGGAACCUGGAGAUGGUCAUGGUAUUCACGGCAAGCCGCAUCGGCGAGGCUAUCAAGCGUGUCAAAACUGCAGGUCACGGAAAGUGAAAUGCGAUUUAGGCAGUGUCGAUGCGCCGGCCGAACCUCCUUGCCGGCGAUGCCUGCGCGAGCGCCUCCAAUGUGAAUUUGCACCCACCCGGAAGAAGCAAAAGCGGCUGGACGGCACAGCAAGAGAUGUUCCUACCCCCUCUGGCAGCGUACAGGCGUCAGUGAAUAAUGGCGCAUCCCACUAUGGUCUUGCCAAAGAUUCCCAACAACCUGCGGCGCUCCCUGCGACAAAUGGGUUUCCACGACGGUCUUGGUCGCCUCACAUGCCUAAUAAUUCCCGGGCUUCGAUUACUUCGCAACCCCGCAACGACCAUCACCGUGUGCAGGGCUCUUCUAUGUAUACCAGCCCAGCAAGCAACAAACCCAGCGCCGAUAUUCACCUGCACAGUCAGGCCGCCGCUGCAACAUUAGGUGCCCAAGUGUCAACUUCGCAGGACAGUCUCAUGGCUCUGGUCGACGCGGCUCAUGUCUUUGAAAGCGCCGCCCCGGGUGACGAGGCGAGCCCAUUGUCUGACCGCGGCGCACGCAAGAAGACAAUAUCAAGUCUGGGACACGGCGGGCCCGAGGAGCCUAACGCUGUUGGUCUGUCGCCGGCAGAGCAGGCCGAGCAAGAAGCUGGUAUGAAGACGUGGUCUCAGAUGCGCUUUGUUCGCAAUGGCUGGUUCACUGCUUGGGAAGCCAUGCAGUACGUCGAGUACUUCUACGCCAACUUGGCUCCUAUGACUCCGGUCGUCUUUCCUGAUUUUAGGUCACCCGUCAAACAUCAUGCGCUGCUCGCUGAUGAGCCCAUCAUGGCUCUCGCAAUCUUGGCUAUCGCUUCGCGUCACAUGCCACUGUCCGGGAAUGCGGCAGUAUCUCGGUCUUACCAAAUACACGACAAGCUGUGGACUCACCUUCGUCGGCAGGUGGAACGACUUCUCUGGGGUCAGGAACAAUUUGGCGGAGGAUUCUGUGGGGGCGGGAGUACCGCAAAAAUCCAGGAAACUAAUACUGGUCAGCUCACCUGGCAAGGCAGCCUACGAACUCUGGGCACCAUUGAAGCCCUCCUGCUACUCACCGAUUGGCAGCCACGCGCUCUACAUUUCCCACCUGGGGAUGAAGAAAAUGGUCUUCUCGACCGCAGUUUGCUCAUGCCGAUCGAUGGCCACUCCAAGUUAGGUGGGCAAUCAGAGGAGCGGCUCGGUACUAGAGACUAUGACAAUCUCCCCUACGCUAGCUGGCUCGAACCGGCCUGGAGGUCCGACAAGAUGUCAUGGAUGAUCCUCGGGCUCGCUCAGAGCCUUGCAUUUGAGCUUGGUGUCUUCGACACGAACCACUUCAACUGUCGCCAUGAUCAUGGGCCUGAGUCCGAGUGUGCACGGAAAAGACGUGUCCGACAUCUCGUACUUGUCUACGUUGCUCAGACUAGUGGUCGCAUGGGUGUCCAAUCGUCGCUCAACGUCGAUCAAUGGGAAUCUGACACGGUCUGGGACAAGACAAGCCGAAACCAAGAUCAUCCAAUCGACCUCAUGCAAGGAUGCUGGGUGCAUAUUGCUAGGAUCAUGAACCAAGCUAAUCGGGAAAUCUUCUCGUCUCACCAGUUCACCAGGGAGCUCACAGCGAGUGGCCGAUACAAGGAAUCUAUUGCCACCUUCACGCCAUUGCUGCAUAGUUGGAAGAAUGAGAUGGAAAGACAAAAGGUCCACAUUCACCCCGUCAUGCAAUGCAUUUUGCUCAUGGAGUAUGAAUACGCCCGGCUGUACAUCAAUUCCUUGGGUUUGCAAAAGGUGGUCGAGUCCUGGGUAGAGGGAGGUGCGACCAUGCGGAGAGCGACGCUUGCCAGGAUCUCCGAAGAGAACAAGCCUUUCAUCGACGAAGUGACAGAGGCUGCUCUCAACAUAUUGGAUCUUGUCAUCGACGGCCUUGCCGCCCAGGGCUUUCUCAGGAACGCUCCUGUGCGCACAUAUCUCCGCAGCUUGUCCGGGAUGAUGUUCACGUUGAAGCGCUUCAGCCUGGGGAUCCACGAAGAACUAGUGCGUAAAUGCCUGCAGAGACUCGAGAAGAUCACAGAUCUCAUGUCUGAGCAAGUCGUCGACGACGUCCACCUAGCUUCAUCCACCUCUCGGUUAGUGCAGAACAUACUAGGUAACGUGAAACAGACCUUGAUUCGAGUCCAAAUCCCUGGCACCGGCUCAGCCGGCCCAAGUCGAGAGCAAUCUGGUCCGCCCUCUCCCCAUGGUCACGAUGGGGUCAAUGAUCAACCACCACAACAGAUUGUGGCCACCAAUUCCGCGCAACCAAAGCUUGAAUUCUACGGAACAGGGCCUGACCCCCUGGCUGGCAUUCAGGCGAAGUCCAUGGCCGACCUCGACUCGCAGACUUUCGUGCCACCACCAAACUUUGGAGAUCACGACAUUGACUUUCCAUUGCCAGACGAUGUCAACAUGGGCUCGGGAAUAGACCUUGCCGGAGGUGAUUGGCUCGCUCUCCCCCUUGACAACCUGUGGGGAGGCGAUGAAGCCACGGUUGACCAAGGAUUUGGGGGCAUCGGCCCAACCUUAGGCGGGAGGGAUUUGCUGGAGGCCAUUACUAACCGCAACUACAGCCAGAUGCAGUGGAAUGGCAGUCAGACAUAUGGUUUUGGCAAUGUGUGA